UGAAUGGGUGAACGGGACAAGGCUAUCUCUGCCUUCUACUGUAGACUACAGAGCUAUUGGAAUAGCAGGUGUCACUGGAACCAGCUUUUCCCACUGGGUUUUAUAUCGGCAGUUGUUGAGGUCGAAAUCGACCUGUGAUUUCGAUUUAUUUUUUUCGAUACAGUUGAACGUUUUGGAUUUUGUAUUAGCCCACCAGGAGCAGGUUAAGUGAUUUUUUUUGACAGCUGAAGGGAGGCGAGAUGGAUAAAAUAGUGUCCAGACAUCUCCCGGGGAAUCCAAGGUUUCUACCUAUGUCGAAUCACUGGGUAUUGAAGUCUCUACUGGAGAACCCCAUGAAACUACCCCUCCUCCUCCAACAACAUGAACAACAACAUGAAGGAUUUGAGAAGGAGCAAGAGAAGGAGAAGAAGUUGGAUGAGGAGAGAAGUGCCCCCCAGUCAGCCUUCCUGGGGCCCACGCUGUGGAACAAGACUCUCCCAUACGAUGGAGACAACUUCCAGCUGGAGUACAUGGAUCUGGACGAGUUCCUGUCGGAAAACGGCCUCCCCUCUGAACUCACCACCUCCACCCACCCCAACCAGUACCAAUCACAGUCCCAGCACCAGACGCCAAUCAUGUCACAAGCCUUGCCCUCGGUGAUCGACCUUAGCAACCAUGCCAGCGCAUCCACGUCGGUACACACAAGCAUGGGCGCACAGAACUGUCUCCCUAGCCUCGCCAGAGCAGCCCUGCCGUCCAGAAACACUCCCAGCCCCAUCGACCCAGAGUCCAUCCAGGUGCCGGUGAGCUAUGUGCCUGACCCUGCUGACUUGGUUUUGUCCAGCGUACCGGGACAGGAGAUGUUCGACCCCCGCAAACGCAAGUUUGCCCCCGAGGAGCUCAAACCACAGCCCAUGUUCAAGAAGGCCCGCAAGGUGUUAUUGCCAGAUGACUUGAAGGAUGACAGGUAUUGGGUGAGGCGUAAGAAGAACAACGUGGCUGCCAAGAGGUCACGUGACGCCCGUCGACUCAAAGAAAACCAGAUCGCCAUCCGAGCGGGUUUCCUGGAGAAGGAGAACUCCGCCCUGAAAAUGGAGGUGGCCGAUCUGAGAAGAGAGCUUGGGCGCACAAAGAACAUUGUGGCCGAGUACCAGGCCACACAGGGGCCUCUGUAAUGGGACUGAGACAGAAUACACUCACAAACAUGGAGAAUACACACACACACACACAUGCACGCACGCACGCACGCACGCACGCACGCACGCACGCACGCACGCACGCACGCACGCACGCACACACACACACACACACACACACACACACACACACACACACACACACACACACACACACACACACACACACACACACACCCGGCCCUGUUGCCCAGGCCCUCAUUCAUCCCUGAACACCCCCAGAAGAGGUUGAGAGGCUGAGCUUACACCUGCCUGAGGCUACCACCCGGUCAAUGUCCUCCCUGCUCGAAAACUGGCCCCACACACAACCUAGGAACUGCCUCCUACCAUCUCACAACUCGUAUCAAGAGAUUGAAGGACAAAAUUAUUUAGGCUCAGUAGCACAUUUCUACUCAUUUUCUAUACCAUAUAUUUCAUCCUCAUCCAUGUCUCUCUGUGAUUGGCCCUUGUGAGGGAAAGCAGGUAGCUUUCUGUACCGUCUAUGAGUAAGAAACGAAAUGGGUUUAUUUUUAUUUCCGAUCUGUGUGUGUUUUUCAUUUGGUUAUUUUCUUUCUGAUGUAGUGUAUCUGUCCACACGUGGCUUUUGUGUUAUUUUCUGCAUUUUUCAUGGCUUUUUCUGUGGUGUGUUAUUUUCUUAUGAAUGUGUAUGUUGAAUCUUAUGUUACCUACCCUCCUCCCACUCCCUUGAUUCAUAACGUCUGUGAAUCAUCUUGUGUUAAUGGUUGCUUCGGUUUUUCUCUGGUUUCCAUAGUGUAAAUGUCAUUUGAGACGUCUCCCCCUGACGUUACCUGUCCCACUUUAUCCACCUCCCUCCCCGUCUUCUUCUACAACAGAUAUAAGCUGUUUGUAACGUGUAAACAAUCACUGCACUGCUCAUACUUUAAAACCUCUCCCAGGCCUACAUACCGCUAGCCUGGGUAUCCGACUGUUUCUGCAUUAAGCAACGCUACGUUGUUGCCUUAGUGAGGCGACAACAUGGAGGAUAAAGCAGAGACAGACCCGGCCGCCAGGCUAUUAUGAUGUCAGCGUCAUCGUUCUCAUGUUCUUCUUAUAGCAGUGUUAUGUAUAACAAAGGUUUGUUUCUAGUUCCUUGUCACCAGAUCACUCUGUUGAACAGAACAAGUUCGGGAAGCUAAAGCAAUAAGGCAGUAUAAGCUCUUGGUCUCCUCUCUACCAAGCCUACUGUCACAGACACACAUGGACCUGCCCUCUUUAUUUUAGCACGUAACCAAUUUGUAAUUGCUUUUAUUAGGUGAUAUUAUGAUAUUUAUGUCUUUACAUAAAAUCAGGCAUGAUUCUAUUUGUUGUUCAAGCAUUCAAAUGUGAACAUUAUCAGCAUCUGUGCAGUAGGCAAUAGUUUUUAUUGUGUUCGUUUUCUUUUGUCAGGCUUCUCGGUGUCAUGUUCUUGUCUACAGAGGUACGGUUGUCCGUAUUAGGACUGCCUCUCAGUCCUGCCGAGAUUGAAAGAAUUCCUGCUGAGAAUGAGGCUGUCCUAAUAUUAACACCGUACAGAUACUCUCCCCAUGACCCAAUGAGAGAUGAAUGUAACAGAUGUACUACUGUAUAUAACAAAUCAGCACAGUGUACGUUGGGCAAAUUAAUGGUGUUGCCGAUACAGUACUUUGGAAUAUACCCACAUCACUUUAUAUAUCUCUUUACUACAGACCAAAAGAUUACAGUAUAGAAAGUACAUGUUAAUAUAUGAAAGGUUUUGUUGUUUUUACAAAGAUAUUCUUGUUUUUGUACAGUAUUUUUUUCCGUACAUAUAUCUCCUGUGUAUUUAAAAAAUGAACUAUGUAUAUUCAGAACUUGUUCACCUCCUCAGACACUUUGCAUGGGCAUUACUCGAGACAACCUUAAAUAGGAAAGUGACCGGCUGUUUUACAGACCAUAUGAAAGUGACAGGCUGUUUUACAGACCAUAUGAAAGUGACAGGCUGUUUUACAGACCAUAUGAAAGUGACAGGCUGUUUUACAGACCAUAUGAAAGUGACAGGCUGUUUUACAGACCAUAUGAAAGUGACCGGCUGUUUUACAGACCAUAUGAAAGUGACAGGCUGUUUUACAGACCAUAUGAAAGUGACCGGCUGUUUUACAGACCAUAUGAAAGUGACAGGCUGUUUUACAGACCAUAUGAAAGUGACAGGCUGUUUUACAGACCAUAUGAAAGUGACAGGCUGUUUUACAGACCAUAUGAAAGUGACAGGCUGUUUUACAGACCAUAUGAAAGUGACCGGCUGUUUUACAGACCAUAUGAAAGUGACAGGCUGUUUUACAGACCAUAUGAAAGUGACCGGCUGUUUUACAGACCAUAUGAAAGUGACAGGCUGUUUUACAGAACAUAUGAAAGUGACAGGCUGUUUUACAGACCAUAUGAAAGUGACAGGCUGUUUUACAGACCAUAUGAAAGUGACAGGCUGUUUUACAGACCAUAUGAAAGUGACAGGCUGUUUUACAGACCAUAUGAAAGUGACAGGCUGUUUUACAGACCAUAUGAAAGUGACCGGCUGUUUUACAGACCAUAUGAAAGUGACAGGCUGUUUUACAGACCAUAUGAAAGUGACCGGCUGUUUUACAGACCAUAUGAAAGUGACAGGCUGUUUUACAGACCAUAUGAAAGUGACCGGCUGUUUUACAGACCAUAUGAAAGUGACAGGCUGUUUUACAGACCAUAUGAAAGUGACAGGCUGUUUUACAGACCAUAUGAAAGUGACAGGCUGUUUUACAGACCAUAUGAAAGUGACAGGCUGUUUUACAGACCAUAUGAAAGUGACCGGCUGUUUUACAGACCAUAUGAAAGUGACAGGCUGUUUUACAGACCAUAUGAAAGUGACCGGCUGUUUUACAGACCAUAUGAAAGUGACAGGCUGUUUUACAGAACAUAUGAAAGUGACAGGCUGUUUUACAGACCAUAUGAAAGUGACAGGCUGUUUUACAGACCAUAUGAAAGUGACAGGCUGUUUUACAGACCAUAUGAAAGUGACCGGCUGUUUUACAGACCAUAUGAAAGUGACAGGCUAUUUUACAGACCAUAUGAAAGUGACAGGCUGUUUUACAGACCAUAUGAAAGUGACAGGCUGUUUUACAGACCAUAUGAAAGUGACAGGCUGUUUUACAGACCAUAUGAAAGUGUAGUCAGUCUCACUCUUUAACCCCUCACGCCCACCACAGACAAACUCAAAACGCUUUGCUGUUUUCGUUUUGAAAAGUUGUGUAUGUUUUGUUGCGUUUGUGUAUGUUUCUUUGGUUUUCAGAAGCAGAAGCUCUGUAGUCUAAGAGGAAGAUUGAUAUUGGCAUCCCUUUUUUGAAUUCUUAUUUGUAUUGUAUGUAGUUUUGGCAUUGAAGAAAGUCAAAUCCCAACAACAAGCGCUUCUGUUAUGUCUCUUCUUAAUUUCUCCCUUUAGUGUGAUGAUUCCUACUUUCCUCUUGGUGUAGGGUUCACUAGACAGAAUACUUAUAUGCUGAUAUGUUCAAAUCUGUGUUUUUCCAAGUAUUCCUCCCUUGUCUUUUGUUUGUUUUUCAUGAUCAAAAUAAAACUAUUGAAAUCA